AUGCCAGUGACAUCAACCAACGGCGUAUUUGGAGAUCCGCGGUCGGCGCAGUUUUUGGCGGCCGCUCAAACCGUAGCGUCCAUACCAGCGAUGCACGGUCGCCCUGAGGUUCCGUUCUGGAGUGGGUUCGACACUGAUUUGCUUGUGACAGGACGUGCAAAUGCUGGAAAAUCCACCUUGCUGAACGCUGUCCUCGGACGUCGUGAUCUCUUGCAUACAAGCAAAAAACCGGGCCGAACGAAGACAUUGAACUGGUUCCGCGUCGGCCCUGACCCGGGACAUCUCAUCUUGGUCGAUGCGCCAGGUUAUGGUGACCGCGGACGCCCAGAAUGGGGCGAGCUCUUCGACCAUUACGUCCAGAAUCGAGAAGUUUUGCGAAGGGUAUACAUCCUCUUCAACGCAAAUCACGGGCUCAAUGAAGUCGACAAGAUGAUGCUGCAAUCUUUAGACGAGCAAUGUCAGGCUUCUUCCGGGCUGAAGUGGACUCUGCAGGCGAUUAUAACCAAGACCGACACUGUGCCUGUAAAGCAAUUGGUAGGGGUGGUCAAGACGAUGUAUGCCGAUAUUUUCAAGGCCGCCCCCACUUGCCUGUAUCCGCUGCUCACUUCAGCUUACUCAAAACCGCACUACGGCGUCGACAGAGUCAGGCGAUCCAUGGUGGAGGCAUGUGGUCUCGAAGGCGUUGGAAAGACAGGUUCUCGUCCCCAAUAA